AUAUGGACUAUGAUGAGAAAGACGAUUCGACUUUGGAAUUCAGGAAUGUCUGCCUGACUUUAAAGGAUAAAGAUGUCUUGAAGAACGUAUCGGGAUCAGCCGAACCGGGAAAGCUUCUAGCUUUGAUGGGCCCUAGUGGAGCUGGAAAAACGAUGCUACUCACCGCGUUGGCUGGUCGCUACCAAGGGACACAGAAGGGUCAGAUACUGCUAGGUCAGAAACCCUUAGACAAGACAUUGAGAAGGAAAAUCAGCUUCGUUCUCCAGGAAGAUGUCUUCUUUGACCAACUGACUCUAAGGGAUACUUUAAUGUACACAGCCCAGCUGAGGUUACCAGAGAAAAUGCCAAUUGAGGAAAAACGCAACAGAGUGAAGAAUAUCGUCAAAUCUCUGGGACUGAGAAAAUGUCUUAAUACAAAAAUGGGUAAUUCAUUGAGCAGAGGUCUGUCUGGAGGUGAGAAAAAGCGGGCAAACAUCGGCUGUGAAUUACUCACCGAUCCUGCUGUACUUCUGUUAGAUGAACCAACAUCGGGAUUGGAUUCUCACGGAGCGAGUGAGCUGAUUAUGAUGUUGAAGAAGUACGCAAGGCGUUAUGGGAAGACUGUAGUAGCAUGCAUUCAUCAGCCUUCGAGUCAUACAUUCAGAACAUUCGAUAAUCUUCUUCUUUUAUCGGAUGGAGAGGUUAUGUAUUUCGGACAGGCUGGUCGAGUGACUGAUUAUUUUGCCCAUCUGGGGUUGCAUUGCUCUCAGCAUUAUAACCCGGCCGACUUCGUUACCCUCUCUGUUGAUGAGAUCCAGCCAGGCCCAAGCCCACGUCGUUCCAUCUUAAUGGCCCUCCCCGGCCUCGGCUCCCGGUACAAGCAAUCCAGUGGGACGGGGGCGGUGCGCCAACCUAGGGGCGUCCGGGCCUCUUUUGCCCAGAGCGGAUACGCCAUGCAGCAACCAAUGGUCAGUAGAAUGUCCAUUGCUGGACUGCAUGACCUUGAACAGAUCAGGGAACAUUUCAAGGAGGACAACAACAAUAAAUGGCCGACGAGCUUCUGGCAUCAAGUUUGCACGCUAUCUAACCGUAACUUCAAGCAAUACCGAACCAUCAUCCUAUCCCGCCUGGAGUUAGCCCGUCAUCUUCUUCUUGGAUGCUUCAUAGGGGCCUUCUAUUUCAGGGUGGAUCACAUCGAAGAGAGGAUACGGGAUAUUACCGGCAUGAUGUUCUUCAUUAUUGUAUAUUGGUCGUUCGAGUCCAUAUUUGGUGCUAUUAGUGCAUUUCCGCAGGAGCGCGCCAUCAUCAACAAGGAGCGAUCAGCGGGAGCCUACCGUCUUUCCAGCUACUUCUUCUCCAAGAUCCUGAGCGAGCUCCCUCUGAAAUUGGCCCUCCCUUUCUGCUCCUCCACCAUCGCGUACUGGCUGGCGGGGCUCAACGCGUCUCCCGGUGUCUUCGUGGGGUUCGUCAUCACCAUUCUCCUGAACAACCAAGUGGCGCAUGCCAUCGGGUUAUUUAUUGGGGCAUCGACAAACUCAUUCCAAGCUGCCAUCGCUGGUGGAAGUCUUUACAUGUUGUCUUCACUUCUCCUGGGAGGGUUUUAUGUCUCGACCUUCCCAUCAUACAUCGAGUGGUUCCGGUUUACCUCGGUCAUUUCUUACACCUACGGAGCGACCCUUCACGUGAUCUUUGCGCUUCAGCCACAGCCAGUCAGGUGUAGUACUACCGCAGUCUCGUUAUUCCGUGAGUGUUUACCACCGCAUGAUCCGGCGGCGAGCAAUGUCCGGGGUUACUCUAUCGUCCUAAAGGAAGCAUCCGUUGUCUUUCCCAUCUGGGCGUACUAUCUCAUCCUUCUGGCAAUCAUGGCAGUCUUCUAUCUCCUGGCGUAUCUGGUCCUUCGAUUUGUGAGGAAACCUUCUUGACGAAACUCCUAAUGAUGCGUGUCAUCCUGCAUGUUGGUUCAAAUCGGAUGAGCGCUCUGGCUAGACCUUGAGUGGGAGGUCCUGGGUUCGAUCCGCCCCUGGCCAAGUCAUAUACCAAAGACUUUCAAAACUUCUGCCUACCUGUCAGGUACUAGGUAUCUUAUAAUAAAGAAGGAUAAUAAUGAUAACAUUAAUUUUAUGCAGGGCUCGUGGCGAGAAAGCAGUUCAAAAGAGCUGAAGUGGCUACCAUUGGUUACCAUGUACACAGCAAAAACUGUGGUGUUAACCGGUGUACAUA